AUGACCACCAACCAGUUGAGGUCCAGUGGUUUCUGGGUCAUAUCUUGGAGCUCGACGAUCUCCAGAUUCAUUAAUAAGUGUGUCACCUGCCGUAGGCUACGCGGUGAAUCUCAGUGGCAAAAGAUGUCAAACCUGCCAAAGGACAGAGUUGAACCUUCACCACCCUUCACAUACAGCUGCAUGGAUGUUUUUGGUCCUUGGGUGAUAAAGGACGGCCGAAGAGAACUAAAGAGAUACGGCCUCCUUUUCAGCUGCAUGGCUUCUAGGGCUGUACAUAUAGAGACUCUUAACUCCAUGACAAGUGACUCUUUCAUCAAUGCUCUUCGACGAUUCCUAUCCAUAAGAGGUCCUGUCCGUCAACUUCGUUCAGACAGAGGCACAAACUUCAUCGGAGCUGAGUUAGGAGAGGGUAGUGCUGCUCAUCAUGACCAGAUCAGAAAAUUCCUUCUGAAUAAAGACUGUGACUACAUCCACUUCAAAUUCAACGUCCCAUCAGCAAGUCACAUGGGCGGCAUGUGGGAGAGACAAAUACGCACUAUACGCCGAGUACUAGAAGCCUUGUUAUACAAAGCUGGACAACAACUUGAUGAUGAGUCCCUGCGCACCCUCAUGAAUGAAGCAGCUGCUAUUGUAAAUAGUAGACCUCUGACCAUCGAGAACUUGAAUGAUCCCACACAUCCUGAACCCUUGACACCAAACCACCGUCUUACGAUGAAAACUAGUGUGCUGUUACCAUCUCCUGGCCAAUUUCCAGUUGAGGACUUGUACUCUAGGAAAAGAUGGAGGAGGGUCCAGCAUCUAGCCAAUGAAUUUUGGAAGCGUUGGAAGCACGAAUUCCUUCAGAGACUUCAGUCACGUCAGAAAUGGAUUUAUCCUCAGAGAAAUGCGCACGUCGGUGACAUUGUAAUUGCGAAGGAUGAAAAUCCAAGAAACCAAUGGACGCUAGCCAGAGUAGUUGAUGUAUACCCAUCCUCAGACAAUCAUGUGCGCAAGGUUAAGUUAGUGAUGAGUGACUCUAAAUUGGACAGUCGCGGAAAGCGAAUCUCACAGCAACGUUACUUAGAACGACCGAUACAUAAACUUAUUUUGUCGGUCACACAAGAAGACCAAGGAAGAUUCCCUAACAAGGAGCCAUAG